CUUCGGCGGCAGGCCGCCCCUCCUGUCUCUGUCAACCCCCGCAGCUCCGCGUCCCCCCCCCGCAAUGGCAGCGGCCGCCCCGCCGGCCAGCGGUCGCGUCUUCCAGUUCAAGCUCGUGCUGCUCGGCGACAGCGCAGUCGGGAAGAGCUCGCUUGUGCUGCGCUUUGUGCGCGGGCAGUUCUUCGAGUACCAGGAGUCCACCAUUGGCGCUGCGUUUCUGACGCAGACGGUCGCGCUCAACGACACGACCGUCAAGUUUGAGAUUUGGGACACGGCCGGCCAGGAGCGGUACCACUCGCUCGCGCCCAUGUACUACCGGGGCGCUGCUGCAGCAAUCGUCGUGUACGACAUCACAAACAGGGACACGUUCCAGCGCGGGAAGCAGUGGGUGAAGGAGCUGCAGAGGCAGGGCAACCCAAACAUCGUGAUUGCGCUUGCGGGCAACAAGUCUGACUUGGCGUCCAAGCGCAAGGUGGAGCCGGAGGAGGCGGAGUCGUAUGCGAGCGACAACGGCAUCUUCUUCAUGGAGACGAGCGCGAAGACGGCGACCAACGUGAACGAGCUCUUUGUCGCGAUCGCGCGCAAGCUGCCCAAGAACACGCCACAGCCGCGGCCGGGCGGCUCGGGCAUCGUGAUUGCGGGGCAGAACGGGCAGGCUGCCGCGGAGGCGAAGAAGGGGUGUUGCUGAGGUAAAGGGGACGCGCGGGUUGCAGCGGUAGGGGCAGGAGCUGUUCGGAGAGAGGCCAGCGUGGAGAGAUUGCGUGCCGGGCGAGGUAGGGUGUGCGCCGUCCAUCUAGGGCCCACGCGGAGAGUGGAUGCGUGCGGCUCGCCCAGCCGCGCACGCCCGACUGCCGACACAGGUAACGCGCGAAGCUAUAUUUUGCCGUGUGUACUUUCUGUGACCAAAUAUUAAAAUAUUUACCACGC